AAAACAUGUGUGUACAGAAAACAAUCUUUAAACAAGUUUAGAUUAAGAACUCUACUUGACGUUAUAAUUCUUUGCAGAACAUUACUUUUAGGCACUUUGACUAGAGACAAAGGACAAGAUAGAAGUUUAAGAAAACUGGGUAAACAUGGCUGCUAAUAAUUGUACUAGUCCAAGAUCCUCCAUAGAGGAACCCUCUGAGAUUGAUGGUUUAAAAUCCAUAACUGCAUUCCCAACAGAAGAGUCACCCCUUGAUGAAAAGACUUCUAAUAAAAGUGAAAACGAGAAUAAUCUUGGAGGACCUUCAUUUUAUCCCCCUUUGUACAUACAGAGAUACACCUUUGUGAAAGAAAUCCUUGACACAUUGCAACCAGAUAGUGUUGUGGAUUUUGGAUGUUCUGAAUGUGGGAUAUUUCGACACUUGAAAGAAGUUAUAACUCUUUUAAGAAUCAGUCUAGUUGAUAUUGAUCUGUCUACACUUGAGAUCAAUAAAUGCCGAAUUAGACCUCAUUGUUAUGACUACCUCCAGAAGAGGAAGAACCCAUUACAUGUACAAAUCUUUGAUGGUAGUGCAACCAAAUUUGAUGCCAAAUUUAGGGACUAUGAGGCAGUCACUAUGGUUGAAUUCAUCGAACAUUUGUAUGACAGAGAUUUAAAAGAUGUCAUCACCAUGAUAUUUGAAUGUAUAUGUCCAAAGUUUGUUGUCAUGACAACACCAAAUUAUGAAUUUAAUCAACUGUUUCCAGGACCACCAAAAUUUCGUCAUUAUGAUCACAAAUUUGAAUGGACAAGGGCACAAUUUCAGACAUGGUGUAAUGACAUAUGUGGUAAAUACAGAUAUGAUUGUAAGUUUCAUGGGAUAGGAGAUGGACCUGAUGAUGCACAAUCUCUCGGUAGCUGUUCCCAAGCUGCUGUAUUCACUAGAAUAGGAGACAAACCACAGAUCAACUUAAAUGUUGAACAAGAAACAUAUUCACUGGUAGCAGAAAGCCUUUAUCCUCAGCGAGAAAGUGAACAGAGAGAACCAGAGGAAGUUUUAGCAUCUGAAAUAGAUUAUGUGUUGUCUUUUAUGUCCAAGUGUACUGACUUUUAUAAUGAAGAAGAAACCUCAGCUUUUAUCCCCAUUGAUAAAUUGAUAUCUUUUAAGUCAAUUAAAAGUUUAUGUGAUUCUGAUCAAUUAAGAGAAUUUCUAUCAAAGAAGAAUUAUGACUUAUCUAAGAAUGACAAAGAUGAGGAUUGUGUAUGUGUAGAACUAUAUUCUGGUGAUUCAAGAGGUUGGUAUGAUGAUGAUGAAGAUGAUGAUGAUGACCAAGCGACUGAUGAAGCAAGAAAUACAAUUUCAGAAUCUUACAAUGAGGAAAUAGUUACUGGGGAAAUUAUAAAUAAACUUGAGGAAAUGUGGGAUUGAUAUUCCAAGAUAUUUUAGUAUUCAUAUAUAGCUACUCAGGGAAAACUUAAGCUAUUG